GACGGCGGCUGCAGAAGCUGCAAGGAUUUCCUACCGGAUGGAUGUGCACUUUUGUGUGGAAUAAGUAUCGUAGUGCAAUUCCGUUUUAAAUUGAUUUAUGACCGUACAAAACGUUUCAUGUCAUUCGUGUUUUAGUUCCUAAUUAAUUGGCUGCAGUUUAAAAGUAUAGAACAAGAAAUAAAGUGGAAAAACCCUUUACUUACAGAUAGAGACAAUCCAGACACGCCAGGAUGCAAUUUUCCAACAUGGAUGCACCAACUUCUACCCUUAGUCGGCUCAACGUUUCCGGACACAUUUUAAACUAUUGUUUUGACUGCCAUAAAACGCCGAUUUGAAGAAUUUAGUUUUAAUUACAAAGAUGCUCAAAUGUUAACAAAUCAUAAAUGAUCAAACUAUCACCGUUUAGUUUGGCGGAUUAUGCAGGUUCUAAUAUAGUGUCUUUCUUUUAUCCCUUCCCUUCUAAUUAAACAGAAGACUCCACCCUAAAUCUAGCUAUCCACCCUCUAUUCGGCGGAGGUGCUUGUCGGUGGCCAGGAUGUGAACGGGUCUUCGACGAUUUCGAUGACUUCUAUCAGCAUCUACAGUCGGAUCAUAUCAACGGGGAUUACUCGGCCGCCCAGGCUCGCAUUCAGAUGGAGGUAGUCUGUCAGCUGCAUUUGCAACUGCAAAAGGAACGGGACCGUCUGCAGGCAAUGAUUCUGCACUUGAACAGGAAAAAUGAAAUGGCGCGUAUUCCGAUGGCCGGCGCUGGUCCGUUUGCGCCGCAGAUUCCACCGCCGCCACCACCGUAUGAGUUUAUCACCGGAUUACGCUUUCCACCUGCGGCCGCAGCCGUUGCGGCAGUGGCUGCCGCUGGUAGUGACGGGGCGAUGGCCGAGGUGGCGCUACAACUGACGAGCAAGCAGCAUGCUGCAAUGCAUCACCACCACCAGCAGCAGCAGCAACAUCAACAUCAACAGCAGCAGGGUGGACGUGGCAGCAAGGGAGGAUCGGGUGGAGGUAUUCGUGCGAAAUAUUUUGCCGCGUCGCAACAGGAGCAACAAGACGUUGGUCCGGGUUUUAAGGAGAUGAAUUAUCCGGACGUGCAGGAUGCAAUCGCCAUGUUUUUCUUGUCGACAGAUGUGCACAAAAAUCGUGAAUUCUAUCGCAGCCACGAUGUGCGACCACCGUUUACGUAUGCUUCGCUGAUUAGACAGGCAAUAAUCGAAUCACCGGAGAAGCAGCUCACUUUGAACGAAAUUUAUAACUGGUUCCAGAAUACGUUCUGCUACUUUCGACGAAAUGCAGCGACAUGGAAGAACGCCGUUCGGCACAACCUGUCGCUGCACAAGUGCUUCAUGCGGGUCGAGAACAUCAAGGGCGCCGUCUGGACCGUGAACGAGGCAGAGUUUUGCAAGCGUCGGCCCCAAAAGCUGGGAAUAAUGCAGUUUAAAUUUCAGAACGCCCCCGCUCCCGGCCUGCUGACGACGGGUGGCAAGAAGCACAAGGCGAUGUCGGGUCACCACCCGAUCGGUCCCGGCGAUGCCCUGUCGGCACCGAUUCCAUCGUCCAUGGGUUCGACCCUGUCGGCACCGCCCUCCUCGCUGUCGAUGGGGUUGAAACCUCCGCCCGGUGUUUUUUACUACAAACGAACGCAAUCAGGACGAACCUGUCGCUGCACAAGUGCUUCGUCCGGUACGAGGACGAUUUCGGUUCGUUCUGGAUGGUGGACGAUCACGAGUUUUUGAAGCGGCGCCAUUUAUCGCGAGGGAGGCCCCGGAAGUACGACAUCACGAUGGCCCUGGAGGCGGACGAACACGGCGGUGGGCCGCUGAGUUCCGGAGCAUCCUCCGGCAGCCUCCAUCCGACGGCCGUGAGUGGAAACGGUGGUGGCGCCGUUCAUGUGGGAGGCGCAAUCGAGGAAACCACACCACCGCCACUGAUCGGGGGGCUCUGCUUCGAACCGGGUGGCAUUCCCGAUCGGGUCGGAAGCAUUGGACUGAGAUCUCCGAAGCGGGAGUAUAUUAGACGGUAAUUUGGUAACAAUUGCUUUUCGUAGUGUGCAAGUAGAACCCUAGAUUAAGUUUAUCUGAAUAAGAUUAAGGUUUAUUGAAAGGUCAUAUAUAAUCCAGAACAACGAAGUACUAGUUUUAAGUUUAUUUCUAAUGUACAUUGCUUCACCUGAACUCGUUGAAUUUAAUUUUCGUCCGUCCUAUAACAGGUUUAGGUUCGACUUUAGCAAGUACUACUGAAUCAAUUUCACAGGAAACGGAUGGGUAAAACCAACGGAGAAACCGUCUACAGUGAGAAUAGUUUAUUAAAUUGUGGUUUCAUUUCAGAUAUUGCGUGUUAUUUUUGAAAGGCUACUUCGAAGGUCAUCCGUGCAAGUUCCUGACAUUUGUUCCAAGGAAGGCCGUCAAACUUUCACACACCCUGGCAUUGCAGCGAAUGUCGACUCACGUGAAUUUUAAGUUUUAUUUUUUAUGAAAAUACUUUGUUACACUUAAAAGUGCCUUUUCAAAUAUUCUGGUUUUCAAAAAAUUAUAUUUAUUAUCAUGAUUGCAUAAUUAGAUGACAAUUUUCUAAAACUACUUUUCCAAAUUUAAAUUUUCAGAUUGUUGUGAUUAGAUGUACGAAAAAUAAUAAAAUCUUACUUGGAAGCAGGUUCUCAACAUAAUGAUAACUGAAUUGAAGCAGAGUUGGCUAUUCAGCCACUAUCAAAAGUUGAGCGAGCUUCUCAUAGUUCCGAUGUAAAUACAACAGA